AGCUCUUCUAUGUUUGUCAGACUCAAUCCGACGGAGAGGAGCUAGCCGCCAUUUUCUAAGCGUCUCUCCCUAAAACGAGAGAAAAAGCCUCGCGUCGAACCGUCCUCUGGAUUACCCCCCUCUCGUCGGGAAUCUGCUUUUUCGCUUCGGGAUUGCCGUGGAAUUGCCCACGUUUGAAGUAAUCGGGGAUAGGGCGGACUGUUUCGCGGCCUAGGGUUAUAAUAUUCGCCGUGGAGGCGAGGCGAGCUGUAGAUCGGUGAUUCGCCCAUUGCCCGAAUCCGGAACGAAGCCGAGAGGCUCCACGAAGCGGGCCCCUUUCCGCACCCUGGCUGCAUUUUUUAUUUUUAUUUUUUUUUUUGUUGGGAUUUAUCGAUGGCAGAGUGAUCGAGAAAAGCCCCGCGUGUUGUGUUGGUACUCUUGGUUUUUUUCCACCCGAACUGCAGGGGACUGUUGCCGAAAUUCCCUCGGAUAGUGCAACCUCGUCACGUGGCUGUCCUCAGGUGGGGCAGUAAGCGGGUGGAGUGGAGCAGGCCGAGGUGCCCGUCCCUCUGCACUGCAUGGCUGCGAUGGCGCCCGCUCUCACCGACGCCCCAGCCGAAGCUCACCACAUCCGCUUCAAACUGGCUGCCCCAUCCUCGAGUCUCUCACCGGCCAGUUCAGAGAACAACGGUAACGCCAGCAACAUCCUCAUCCACAGCAGCGGCCCCGGCAAGUGCAAGGUCACCUCCGAAGAGUGCCCUCUUGACUUCUGCGGCGGCGACCAGGAAGAGCAGGAACAGCAACCCCAGCCCGACUCUGUGUCCCAGGCCUCCGCCUUGGGUAAACUCCAGCCACUGGUGGCUUCUUAUUUAUGCUCAGAUGUGACAUCUGUCCCCGCAAAUAAGGAGUCAAUCAAGCUGCAAGGAGUCCUCAUCAAACAGUCUGUGCUGAAAGGCCACAGAAUCCUGCCCGGUUCCCUGCUAAACGGCGGGGGAGACUUCCUCCUGAGGAAGAGGCAGGCGAUCGAACUCUCUAGUGGCCAGCUUAAAAGCCUCAUGAGUGGCAGCACCAACGGCAGUGGCCAGCCCAUGGCACCUGUCAACGGCCUGGCCAAGAAGCUGGCCAGUAUGUCGGGCUCUAGCUGCAUGGUCGCAGUGAACGGCGACAAACCUCCUGCCACCACAGAGUCCCAGAACCAGCCGUCGGCCUCGGAGAGCGUCGCCGCUACCAUAUCGGGGCACAUCCCGGUGAAGGAAGCCCUCAAACAGAAGCAUUCCUCCGGGGGCGGGAAUAACGUCGAGCCGCCGGCGCUUCAUUCUACUGCCCACUCAUCCUUUAACCACGACAACCCGGACUCAGCUGAGCAAGUUAGUUUAAGCGAAGCUAAUUCGCAGACUCCUACCGCUCCGCCACAGGGUUCUGAUGGGGAGAGACCGGGCAGCAGCCAGCAGGGAUCCCCAAAAUGCACAGCUACGCUAGAGCCUCCGCUACCCUGCAGCUCCUCCUCAGACACCCUCGACGCUCACGUCCGAGAGCGCACGGCCCUCAACAGCAAGCGGCAGGCCGAGAUCGAGAGCCGCCUGCGGCGCCUGCGCAAGCGUCUCCAGGUGGUGCAGGCCAAGCAGGUGGAGCGGCACAUCCAGCAGCAGCUGGGCGGCUUCUUGGACUCGGCUCUUAGCAGGCUACGAGCCGGCAACCGUAAGUCGGAGUCGGCGCCGCAUUCAGCCGCGUGGAGGACCGGGCGGCACUACUCGUCCAACAACAGGGACGGCCUCGGCCGCUUCCUGAAGAGCGGCUCGGUGCCCCUGGAGCUGGAGAGGCUGUAUCUGAGUGGCUCGGCCAACCUGCACUCAGCGGAAACCGCCUUCGACUCUGACGUAACAGAGAGUAGCUCUGGUGGGGACUCUGACCUGGAGGAGGAGGAGCUGUCCAGAGUGGACAUUGAGCAGCGACAUGUCAAAAUAUGGAAGCGGGCAGAGAGCCGCUACACGGUAGAGAGAGCCGGUAUCAUCAGCCACUGGAACUGGCUCCAGGCCCACAUCUCGGACCUGGAGUACCGCAUCCGACAGCAGACGGACAUCUACAGACAAAUCCGUGCCAACAAGGGUUCUGUAGAGUUAGGAGGGCUCGCCCCCUGCACUGUGCUCACAGGCGGGACGGAGGUGAAGACGGAGGCUUUAAAUGCUCAGGAUGUUGGUGCCGAACGGCUGGAAAACACGAGCCCCGCCCACCUUACCAGCGCCGAGCAGGGCCAAUGGAAAGGUCAGAACGGGCAGCCAGUGAACGGCGUCCUCAGCAGGAUGGCGGACGGUGGAGACGGCAAGCUCCAGCCGGCCUAUGACAGCACGUGUGUGGCUGCGCGCACGCGGCCACUCGUGGGCUGUCGGCGGCGGCGGCUCAUUCAGCCGAACACGGUGACGAACCUCAACGGCAAGGCCCCGAGAAGCGGCUGUGUGCAGUGUAGCUGCAGGGUGAACCCCAGCUGUGUGAUGUGUGGUGGCUGGCCCACCCCCAGAGAGGAACCCCAGUACGAGCUGCCCACCCUGGAGCGCCUGUCAAGGCUGGAUCUUGGCGUCCACCCCAUCCUCUCCUUCCCUGACGAUGUCUCUGUGGGCCUGCGUCUGCAGCAGGUGAUGAAGAGCCAGUGGCAGUCCAAGUCGCUGGACAGGAGCAAACCUCUGAAGAAGCUCUCGCUUAAACACAAGCUGUCCUCGUCCAAAGAAAAGCACAAGUUCACCAACUCCCUCAUGGCAGUCAGACUGAGCCACUAUAAGAAUCGUAUAGACAAGCAGAGGACAGCCGACGGCAGCAUGGGCAGCAACAGCAGCAGCAGUAGCUGUGCCGUACUGAGCAUGCCCAGACUGGACAACCAGGGCGGGUGCAAAACCGAGCGGCUCCACACCCUCUCAUCUCCGUUCGGGCCCUACGACAAGAACUACAGCCGCAAGAGAUUAAGAGAGCACUCGCUGGACAGGGCUGACACUUCCCCGAAACUGUUCUUGGACACCAGCAGCCCCUGCACAGCACUGGCCAACAUGCACUCGUCGCUUCACAGCCCGCUCUCGCGCCAGCUGUCCACGUCGUCGGACACGUCCACGCAGCUAGGCCCCGGCAGCCAGAGCGUCCCCAGCACUCCGCAGCAGCCAAUCAAGAGGAGGCGAGGGGAGAGCUCUUUCGACAUCAACAACAUCGUGAUUCCCAUGUCUGUGGCGGCCACCACCCGAGUGGAGAAGCUGCAGUACAAAGAGAUCCUCACUCCGAGUUGGCGAUCGGUGGACAUUUUCUCUCAGCCGAUAUCGGCAGAGGAGAACGAACGAGAGGUGGAGGACCUCUCAGAAGCAGCCUUCAUCCAGCUCCAUCAGCCCUACGAGGACCAGGAGCGGUCCCGGUGGACCUGGAUGGCUCUGGCUCCUGCUAAGAGGAGGGGCAGCAGAUCGUACAAAUCUGUGGAUGGGCGGACCACGCCUCUGCUGUGUGGCACCAACCCACCCACGCCUCAGCCCGCGUCGCCAGACCCCGGCCAUUGCCCCUCGCUGCACGACUACAGCCACGUGCCGUCGCCCAUGAGCCCCCCCAGCCCCGACGCGUCAUCCAACCCCCAGACACCCUGUUCCCGGGACUCCCACAGGCUGCUGUCCAAUGAGGACACACGCUGCUCCACGCCCGACUUCACCUUUGAGGAGCGGACCGUGGCGCCGUGGGAGCGCCGCAGCUUCCCCCUGCCUGAAGACCCGGCUCCAGAGCCCGAAACAGACCAACUCAUCAGGCCCCGGGUCCGCAGCAUCUCAGGGUGCCGAGCGUCCGGCUACGGCCGUCUGGACUCGGACGACGCAGAGCUGCCUUGCGACGAUGACGGUGGCCCCAAGCUCAGGGCCUCCUCCCACCGAUGAGCGGCAGGCGGGCGGAGGC